AAAAAAAAAAAAAAAAAAAAACCUUUUCUCUUUUCUCUCUUUCCACUUGAUCACAUUUCAUCUUUUAUUAUACAUUUAUCAUUAUCAUGUCUCAAGUAUUACCUCUCGAUAAAAAACAACUACGGGCAUGUUUAUUAUGUUCACUAGUGAAGAAUGCUGCUCAGUUUCGACAAGAUGGUUGUGAAAAUUGUGAAGAUAUAAUGCAGAUGCGUGGAAGUACGGAUAGAGUAUUGGAAUGUACUAGCUCCAAAUUUGAAGGUGUGAUAUCUAUGAUGCAACCAGCUGAAAGUUGGGUAGCAAGAUGGCAAAGAGUGGAGAAAUUCACACGUGGAGUAUAUGCUAUUAGAGUCUAUGGACGAAUACCAGAGGAUGUAGAGGAUGAAUUGGAUCGACGAGGAAUAGAAUAUAGACCAAGGGAUGGUUCUGUCAAGGAAUAAUUUUAUUUUAUUUUGUUAUUUUUUUUUUUUUUUAUGUACAUACCUUUGUUUUUUUUCAAUAAAGCAAAAAAUAGAAAACUUUU